CUUCUUAACCAUCUCCUCACUAGCGCAGUGCACUCCAGCUGGCAGCAAAGAAAAGUGUGCCAGCGGACGUUAUGAAAUGCCAGGGAAGAGGAGAAGAGGAAUAAAUCUUUAGUGCAUUGGUGAUUUUGAUCCACAUCCCAGAUGGAAUAUUAUUGUUUUUGACUAAUUCCACGAGACUUAUUUGGACACCAGGGACAACUUCAUAUUAUUCGUAACUAUUUUGGAAAAAUACAAGCACUCUACGGCGAACUGAAAAAGUUUUUUUUUUUUUACCCCAUUCUCCCUUCCAGUCUCCUCUGCAUCCAGGCUCCGGCGGAAGGGACGCCACAGAAUCCCGCCUGCCCUACAAGCCCUCUGCUACAUAACAAAUAUACUGAAUUAGCCUGUAUCAUGCAAGAGCCUCACAAUUACAUUAAGGCCAUGUGAAUUAAACAAUUUAAAGGAUAUAAAAGACGAAGUGCGCGCUCUCGGCGAAGCGCAGCAUCAGCACCAGCAUCCGAUGCGCGUCCCCGCUCCGGUAGAGGCUGCCCGAGAUCCCGGGAAGAGGAGUUGGAGCUGCGCGAGUUAAAGUUGGGCUAUAGGGGGGUGAAAGGAUGCUGCAGAACAAUCUACGAUCCAAUUAACAUAGCCUAUGCGGAGAAACGUGUCCUGAGUGAAGGAUGACUUGCAAAAUACUGAGCAUAUGCCUCUUAUUUUUGGGUUUUCAACAUUGCUCAUCACGAGAAUGUGUUGAUCCGCUGGUCUCUGGGCUCUAUGCCUCCUCCUUCCUGGCCUCAUCCAGAUAUAACUUUCUGUACUCUGCCAAUUUUGCCAAAUUGUAUGGCAGCAGUGGCUGGUCCCCAUCCCCCAGGGAUAGACAGCCAUGGCUGCAGGUAGACCUAGGCAGGAAGUAUCGACUGGUGGCCAUCGCCACCCAGGGGACCUUCAACUCAUAUGACUGGAUCACCAAGUACACCCUGCUCUAUGGAGACCGACCAGAUUCCUGGACGCCGUACAUCAUGAAAGGAGGAAACUCUACGCUGCCUGCAAACUGGAAUUAUUAUCAGGUGAAGAGGAAUGUCUUCCAUUACGCCUUUACUGCUAAACACAUUCGUCUGCUGCCUCUGGCCUGGAACACAGAGAAUGGAGGGAAGAUCGGUGUGAGGCUGGAGCUGUAUGGCUGCUCUUAUGAUUCCUAUGUGCUACAGUACAACGGGGAUGACUCAGUGGUCUACAUGUACCCAGGAAAGAGGUCCCGUACACAACAUGAUCAUAUUGCCAUAAACUUCAAGACUCUGGAGCAGGAUGGUCUGCUGUUACACAGUGAAGGGAUUCAAGGAGACCUUUUCACCCUGGAGUUGAAGAGAGGCCGUCUUUACCUGCACAUCAGCCUAGGGAGCAGUAUCAUACACAAAGUUGAUGGUAGAACUACACUGACUGCUGGCAGCCUUCUCGAUAAUCUACACUGGCACUAUGUCACCAUCAAGCGCUAUGGUCGACAGGUGAACUUCACAGUGGACAGUCACACAGUCACAGCCAUCUGUAAAGGAGAGUUUACACACCUGGAUCUUGACACACAGUUGUAUGUAGGAGGUGUCAUAGAGCAAAAUUUGCCUCACCUGCCCACUACACCAAAUUUCCGUGGCUGCCUGGAGAAUGUCUUCAUCAAUGGCAUCAACAUCAUUGACAAGGCUAAGAGAGAAGACUCUGAGAUCCGCAUCCCACGAAAGAAAAAGAUGCAUUAUGCCUGCAGAGACAUUCUGCUCAAACCUAUGACUUUCGCUGGGCCCAACAACUACCUUCAGGUGCCGGGCUUCUUCAGGAGGCCUCGUAUGUUUGUCAAGUUUAAGUUCCGCUCAUGGGACUACACAGGGCUGCUAAUGUUCACACGAUUUGCUGAUGACUUGGGUGCCCUUGAGCUGGGCCUUAGCGAGGGACAGAUAAACGUUACCAUAUUCCAGCCUGGGAAGAAGAAACUCCAGUUUGCUGCAGGCUACAGGCUAAAUGAUGGUUACUGGCAUACAGUGGAUUUGGCAGCCAGAGACAACCUGCUGACCCUCACAAUUGAUGAGGAGGAGGGCUCUCCACUAAAAAUCACCAACCCUUUCACAAUUCGGACAGGGGAUCGCUACUUUUUUGGAGGUUGUCCAAAGACCAAUAACACAAUAAGGAAGUGUGAGACCAAGCUGAACCGCUUCCAUGGUUGCAUGCAACAUAUUUUCAUAGACAAUGAACAGCUUGAUAUCGACAUUAUUCUGCAACGACAAUGGGGGCGCUAUGCUGAGCUGUUGUUGGGCACCUGUGGCAUCACUGACAGAUGUAAUCCAAAUCCAUGUGAACAUGAAGGCAGAUGCAUCCAGUCCUGGGAUGACUUUAUCUGUGUGUGUGAGAACACAGGCUAUAAAGGAGAAGUGUGUCACAUGUCGGUUUAUAAAGAGUCAUGUGAGGCCUACCGACUCAGUGGCAAGUAUUGGUCUGGAAACUACACCAUCGAUCCUGAUCUCAGUGGACCGCUGAAACCAUUUGAAGUGUACUGCAAAAUGAAGUCAUAUAAAGCUUGGACAGUGAUUUUGAAUGACCGUGUGGAUGGUACCAGGGUGACUGGGAGUUCGAUAGACCGGCCUUAUAUAGGAGAUGUCAAUUACUGGAACGCCUCCUGGGAUGAAGUCACGGCUCUUGCCAACACUUCCAUGUAUUGUGAGCAGUGGAUUGACUACUCCUGCUACAAGUCCCGUCUCCUCAACACCCCCAAUGGAAGACCGUUUGGUUACUGGAUCGGUCGUCACAAUGAGAGUCACUAUUACUGGGGUGGAACAUUCAGAGAGGUCCAAAAGUGUGGCUGUGCUAUCAACCAAACCUGCACCGAUCCUAAGUUUCAAUGCAACUGUGAUGCUGACUAUAGACAAUGGUACUCAGAUAAGGGCUAUUUGGACUGGAGAGACCAUCUGCCUGUGAGGAAGGUAGUAGUCGGAGACACCAACAGGACCGGCUCAGAGGCACACUUCACUGUUGGGCCUCUUCGCUGCCAUGGCGACAGAAACAUAUGGAACACCAUAGCCUUUACCAAGCCCACCUACAUAACAUUCCCCACCUUCAGGCCUGGCUCCAGCGCUGACAUCUCCUUCCACUUUAAAACCUAUCGUGCCCCUGGUGUCUUCUUGGAGAACUCUGAUGACCAACUUCGAAACUUCAUACGUAUAGAGCUAAAUACCACCCAUAACCUUGUAUUUAUAUUUAUGGUUGGGGACGGCAUCGUUAACGUGACCCUGCGUUCCCCGGUGCCACUCAAUGACAAUGAGUGGCACUUUGUUCAGGCCGAGAUUAAUGUGAAAUUGGCCCGGAUUAAGGUUGAUUAUCAGCCUUGGGCUGUCACGCAUUUUCCAGGUCAGACCUUCGUCACCAUGCAGUUUACACAUCCUGUCCUAGUAGGUGCAGCCAACCGUACCCUGAGACCUUUCUUGGGGUGUCUUCGAGGGUUACGGAUGAACGGUGUUCCUCUUGAUCUAGAGAGCAAAGUAAAUGAAGAACAGGGUAUAAGGAGGAACUGUACCGGGCAGUGUCUUAAUGCUACCAUACCAUGCCGAAACGAUGGCCAAUGUAUAGAGGGCUAUGCUGCCUACACUUGUGACUGCAACAACACAGCUUUUGAUGGUUUCUACUGCCAUAAAGACAUUGGAGCCUACUUUGAGAUUGGCUCGUGGCUGAGAUACAACAUACGAAAGAAGCCAAUUUCAGACGAAGCAGCGUGGGCCAAUUGGAUCGACCCACACUAUGACAACUUCAGUCUGGGCUACAAUGACACGGCAGAUGACAUAGAGUUCAGCUUCAGCACUGUCCAUAAGCCAGCUGUGUUGCUCUACAUCAGCUCUUUUGUCCAGGACUACAUUGCUGUCAUCCUCAAGACUGAUGGCAGCGUAGAUCUGAGGUAUAAGCUGGGGCUCAUAACACACAAGUAUCAGCUGACUCACCGAAACCUUGCAGAUGGAUACCCCCACUAUGUCAACAUUACUAGACACAACAGAACCAUCAAAACACAGGUGGAUUACAUGGAGCCCAUUGUGGAAAAGAUAACCUUAGUGGAGGACGCUAGGUUUGACUCUCCAAAGUCCAUGUUCCUGGGCAGAGUGAUGGAGGUUGGUGAUAUUGACUAUGAGAUCCAAAGGCACAAUGCUCCAGGCUUCAUAGGCUGUAUAUCUGGGGUGAGAUACAACAUCUACGCCCCUUUAAAGGCUUUCUUCCGUCCAAAUGAAACAGACCCUCCGGUAACGACACAAGGCUAUGUAUCUGAGUCCAACUGUGGCGCCUUCCCUCCGAUCCUGGGUUAUGUACCAUGGGAGGUUGACCCCUGGUUUACCACCAUAGAGUAUUUUUAUAUCCAUGAUGACCUAGGCCUGUUUUGGAUAACAGUCAUUGUCAUCCUGGCACUGCUGCUGCUCUUUGGAGGUCUGUACAGCAUCUAUGUCUAUGCGUAUCAGCAGAAGGGCAGCUAUCGCACCAAUGAACCCAAGAACCUGGAGUCCCCCAGCAGUGCCAGGCCGCUGACCGAGACCCUGAGGAGAGAAAAAAAGAACCUCCCAGAAAUUGAAGAGGAGUUCAGGAGCGACUAG